CAGAGUUUCAGUUUUGGCAGCAGCGUCCAGUGCCCUGCCAGUAGCUCCUAGAGAGGCAGGGGUUACCAACUGGCCAGCAGGCUGUGUCCCUGAAAUCAGAUCAACGGGAGAGAAGGAAGUGGCUAAAACAUUGCACACGAGAAGUCGGCCUGAGUGGUGCGGCGCUCAGGACACACCAGCAAUGCUGCUCUUCGUGCUCACCUGCCUGCUGGCGGUCUUCCCAGCCAUCUCCACAAAGAGUCCCAUAUUUGGUCCCCAGGAGGUGAGUAGUGUGGAAGGUAACUCAGUGUCCAUCAAGUGCUACUACCCACCCACCUCUGUCAACCGGCACACCCGGAAGUACUGGUGCCGGAAGGGAGCCAGUGGCCGCUGCAUAACCCUCGUCUCCUCAGAGGGCUACGUCUCCAGCAACUAUGCAGGCAGGGCUAACCUGACCAACUUCCCGGAGAACGGCACAUUUGUGGUGAACAUUGCCCAGCUGAGCCGGGAUGACUCCGGGCACUACAAGUGUGGCCUGGGCAUCAACAGCCGAGGCCUGUCCUUUGAUGUCAGCCUGGAGGUCAGCCAGGGUCCUGAGCUCCCAAAUGACACUGAAGUCUACACAGUGGACGUGGGCAGAACGGUGACCAUCAAAUGCCCUUUCAAGACUGAGAAUGCUCCGAAGACGAAGGCCUUGUACAAGAAGAUAGGCCAGACCUCUGUGCUGGUCAUUGACUCCAGAAAUUAUGUGAAUCCCAACUAUAAGGACAGAAUACGCCUUCGUAUUCCAGGUACUGGCCAGUUAAUUUUCACCGUUGUCAUCGACCGACUCAGGCUCAGCGAUCAUGGACUGUAUCUUUGCCAGGCCGGGGAUGGUUCCAAUCAUGAUGAGAAGAAUGCUGACCUCCAAGUGCUAGAGCCCGAGCCUGAACUGGUUUAUGAAGACCUGAGGGGCUCAGUGACCUUCCACUGUGCCCUGGGCCUUGAGGUGGCAAAUGUGGCCAAAUUUCUGUGCCGAGUGAACAGUAGGGAAACCUGUGACGUGGUCAUCAACACACUGGGGAAGAGGGACUCAGCCUUUGAGGGCAGGAUCCUGCUCAACCCCCAGGACAAGGAUGGCUCAUUCACUGUGGUGAUCACGGGCCUGAGGAAGGAGGAUGAAGGGCGCUACCUGUGUGGAGCCCACUCGGAUGGUCAGCUACAGGAAGGCUGGCCCAUCCAGGCCUGGCAACUCUUCGUCAAUGAGGAGUCCACGAUUCCCCGCAGCCCUACUGUGGUGAAGGGGGUGGCAGGAGGCUCUGUGGCGGUGCUCUGCCCCUACAACCCUAAGGAAAGCAAAAGCCUCAAGUACUGGUGUCUCUGGGAAGGGGCCCAGAAUGGCCGCUGCCCCCUGCUGGUGGAGAGCCAGGGGCUGGUUCAGGAGCAGUAUGAGGGCCGCCUCUCCCUGCUCCAGGAGCCAGGCAACGGCACCUUCACUGUCAUCCUCAACCAGCUCACCACCCAGGACGCCGGCUUCUACUGGUGUUUGACCAACGGCGAUACUCGCUGGAGGACCACCGUGGAGAUCAAGAUUAUCGAAGGAGAACCAAACCUCAAGGUACCAGGGAAUGUCACGGCUGUGCUGGGAGAGACUCUCAACAUCCCCUGCCACUUCCCAUGCAAAUUCUCCUCGUAUGAGAAAUACUGGUGCAAGUGGAGUAACACAGGCUGCCAGACCCUGCCCAGCCAAGACGAAGGCCCCAGCGAGGCCUUCGUGAACUGUGACGAGAACAGCCGGCUUGUCUCCCUGACCCUGAACCCAGUGACCAGGGCAGACGAGGGCUGGUACUGGUGUGGAGUGAAGCAGGGCCACUUCUAUGGAGAGACUGCAGCUGUCUAUGUGGCAGUUGAAGAGAAGGUAGCAGGGUCCCGCGAUGUCAGCCCAGCGAAGGCAGACGCUGCUCCUGAUGAGAAGGUGCUAGACUCUGGUGUCCGGGAGAUUGAGAACAAAGCCAUUCAGGAUCCCAGGCUUUUUGCAGAGGAAAAGGUCGUGGCAGAUACGGGAGAUCAAGCUGGUGGGAGCAGAGCAUCUGUGGAUUCCAGCAGCUCUGAGGAACAAGGUGGGAGCUCCAAAGCGCUGGUCUCCACUCUGGUGCCCCUGGGCCUGGUGCUGGCACUGGGAGCCGUGGUUGUGGGGGUGGCCAGAGCCCGGCACAGGAAGAACGUCGACCGAGUUUCAAUCAGAAGCUACAGGACAGACAUUAGCAUGUCAGACUUCGAGAACUCCAGGGAAUUUGGAGCCAAUGACAACAUGGGAGCCUCUUCGAUCACUCAGGAGACAUCCCUCGGAGGAAAAGAUGAGUUUGUUGCCACCCCUGAGAGCACCACGGAGACCAAAGAACCCAAGAAGGCAAAAAGGUCAUCCAAGGAGGAAGCCGAGAUGGCCUACAAAGACUUCCUGCUCCAGUCCAGCACUAUGGCCACCGAGGCUCAGGAAGGCCUCCAGGAAGCCUAGAUGGUGUCGCCACCUGCCUCCUGCACCCAUGACAAUCACCUUCAGAAUCAUGUCGAUCCUGGGGCCCUCAGCUCCUGGGGACCCCAUUGCCUGCUCUAACACCUGCCUAGGUUUUUCUUACUGUCCUCAGAGGUGUGCUGGUCCCCUACUCAGUGACAUCGAAGCCUGGCCUAAUUGUUCCUAUUGGGGAUGAGGGUGGCAUGAGGAGGUCCCACUUGCAACUUCUUUCUGUUGAGAGAACCUCAGGUAUGGAGAAGAAUAGAAGUCCUCACGGGUCCCUUGAAGGAAGAGGGACAGGGGUGGGAGAGCUGAUUGCAGAAAGGACAGACGUGUAACGCCCCUCUGCACCCUUAUCAUGGGAUGUCAACAGAAGUUUCCCUCCACUCCAUCCCUCCCUCCCGUCCUUUCUCUCUUCUUCUUUCCUUCCAUCAAAAGACAUAUUUGAAU